AUGCCGAUCAUCAGAAACAUUACAAGAGAAUACAUUGGCAUGCCAAUAAGAUGCAAAGCUGCAAUAAGCAGAAAAUCAGGUGAACCUCUUGUUAUAGAAGAAAUUGAGUUAGAGCCACCAAAAUCAUGGGAAGUAAGGAUCAAAAUUUUGUACACAUCUCUGUGCCAUUCUGAUGUCACUUUUUGGAAAAUGAAUCCUUCUUUACCUGCGGCUAUGUUUCCAAGAAUUCUCGGACACGAAGCCGUCGGAGUUGUGGAGAGUGUAGGAGAGCACGUUGAAGAAGUGAAAGAAGGAGAUUUAGUUGUGCCGGUUUUUCUAGCAAACUGUGGAGAAUGCAGAGAUUGUGAGAGUCCAAAAAGCAACAAUUGCAGCAAGUUUGGAAGCGGACUAAUCGCUGACAUGCCAAGAGAUGGAACAAGUAGGUUUAAGGACAUGAAUGGAGAAGUGGUGCAUAAUUUAUUUGGCAUCAGCAGUUUCUCUGAGUACACGGUGGUUGAUGUAACACAUGUGGUUAAAAUUCGCCAUGAUUUUCCUCUUGAUAAGGCUUGCUUGCUCAGUUGCGGUGUUUCCACAGGGGUAGGGGCGGUGUGGAAAGUGGCUGAUGUAGAAAAAGGGUCCACAGUUGCGGUUUUUGGCCUUGGUGCUGUUGGUCUAGCUGUAGCUGUAGCCGCAAAGCAAAGAGGAGCUUCAAAGAUUAUAGGAGUCGAUCUAAAUGAGGACAAAUUUGAAAUAGGAAAACGAUUUGGCAUAACUGAUUUCCUGAAUCCUUCCACUUGCAAAGAGAAGUCUGUGAGCGAGGUGAUUAAGGAUAUGACAAAUGGAGGUGCUGAUUAUUGCUUCGAGUGCAUCGGUUUGGCAUCAUUAAUGGCAGAAGCUUUCAAUAGCAGUAGAGAAGGUUGGGGGAAGACAGUGAUAAUAGGGGUGGAAAUGCACGGUUCGCCAUUGACAUUAAGUCCUUAUGACAUACUGAAAGGCAAAACUAUCACUGGAUCACUAUUUGGAGGUUUGAAACCAAAAUCUGAUAUUCCCCUCCUUGCUCAGAAGUACUUAGAUGAUGAGCUUAACUUGGAUGGUUUCAUAACACAAGAGGUGGACUUCAAAGAUAUUAAUAAAGCUUUUGAUUAUCUCCAACAAGGAAAGAGCAUUCGUUGCAUUAUAAGGAUGGGUGAUUAA